CGAUCUACCUGUAACAAUGAAGGAUUUAACGAUCCGAGGACAACAAUACGAAGCCAGACUUGGCUCGUUCAAUGAUUUACGUAAGAGACGAGUUGAAUAGGAUUCAAGGGAUACUUUUUCUACUUUAUUAAUAAUACUUUUAUUAACAAUCAAAGUGUCUUUUUCUUUUGCUUUCGUCGUAUCGAGUAAAGUAGGAGGGAAAACAACGCGAUGUUCGAAAUCGGCAACCUGUUCGAGUAUAGAAUUGCGCAAUUCGCGUAAUAGUCGAGACUUUUGCCGUGCACGACAGAGAACUUUGCGAUAAGCCUGCAAGCAUUACACGAUUCCAGCAUUUUCUUUCUAUUAUUAGAAGCUAUGACGUUUGGUUAUUCGUUAUUCAAGUGGUAGGAAAAUACAUAUAUCAAAAUGAAUAUUUUAACACAAGUUGAACCACGUUAACUUGACCACCGAGAUAUCAACCUUCUCUCUUGAAUGAAAACUUAGAAAGGAAAAAUUUCUCCUAUAAACAUUUUUACCAAAAACGACUAUUAUCUCUAAUAUAAAAAAAAAAAAGUUUUAUUUCUCGUUUAGCGUUUCCGCGAAACGGGACAGUUUCCUCGAGCGACACAAGGACAUCUGCCGAUUUUAGUAAAUGUAGGUUCCCUUGCAAAAGUAUCCCCCACUAAAAGGAAGCCGUACAGCGGCGUAUGUGGGGUACGUAGCUCGCGUAUCGGAACGCUUUGCCAAAGGCUCAGUCGCGAGCAGUGCAAGCAAUACACACACGCGCGCAUACACACACACAAAAAAAAACACGCGGUCCGCCAGUGAUUUCGCCGGUUCCACGCAAUCGAUUCGUGUUUUCCACUAUAACCAGUCGUCGAAGAGCUUGAAACUUGAACGCCUGAGCAUGACACCGCAUAAAAACGGUACCUUCUACGCAACGAAUCGGAAUAACUUGUCGCACUUUCGAAGCUAUGCUUCAUUACCGUUGGUUCGCCGUCAGUGAUAAGUGAUACCGAAAAAGUGAAUCGAAAGUGUGUUUAAAAAAAAAAGUUACGAUCGAAUCCGACAGAGGACAAUCUCUACUGAAAUUUAAUUCUCGUAUCUUUCGAUUGAAACUUAACGAGAAAAGGAGAAAUUUCGAACGAACAGGGUUUGAUCGAUAGUCUCGACGAUGAUAUUACAUAUUAAGAAGUUGUCGUUCAGUUAUCAAGAGUGUCGUCGCUAAGUGGCUGAAUAGAAAAUUAGCGACAAUCGCACGGGUGCGGACGUCGACGAAGCAACAUGAUAAUCGUUGUAAUAAUACCGCAUCAACCUGAAAAGUGAAAAGUGUGAACAUUUACUAAAUCAUCGAUGAACGAUACAAUGUGAAACGAAUGAUAAAUGUUGCUGGAAUACAACGCCGAGAUGCUGACGUUAAUCGGCGGCCUGAUCGUCGCCUAUUUCGUCUACGUCCUGAUCACCAGAAACGAUGACAAAGCCAACGGCAGGGACUCGGUAACGAUGGUCCACACAGCGCUGCGGGAUGUCGUCGAACGAGCCGUCGAGGAGGCCCGGAAACUGCCUGGUCUCACCGGUUCCAGCGAAACCGGAAGAUCGCGGGAUGAAGGAAACAUCGCGGAGCACAGUUACGAGGAUCUUCUCGCCACUGCGAUACUUAACAAGGUCAUCGAGAAAUUCCAAAAGGAACAGGUGGACGGUAAUAGCAACGUUCUCCAUGGAAAACCGAUGUCGGCAAGCGAGCUCGAAAAUGAAACGGAAUUGGACCAAGGGGUCGAGGAAGGGGAGCCUUUGCCGCGAGACGAUUCCAGCAGCGACUACGGCGCGUCUUGCUCGAGACACGUUAGAAAUCAACCGGAACCACUAUCUAUGACGAUAGAAGAACAAAUAGAGGAAGUGACUACCACUUAUACGUCCGACGAGGAUCCCAAGGAUAACGAUGUCUUAGCCGUUAGGAGCGCUCAUCGUGUGCCAUUUCCUGAACUCGGGAUGGAUAUCAUCGAUCCCUCGCAGGAAUCGUCGGAAGAUAGUCAAGAUGAACCGGACACAUCGACAACGCCGACGCGCAUAGCUCUGGUGUCUCCGGUUGAAUCCUGGGAAGAGAAUUGGCUGUUUCAGAAAAAGAGAAUUCAAACUCAGGCCGAUCCCGUUGCCAUGUUGGUCCCGAAUUCUAGCACCGAUUUCAAAGCUAUGAUCGGCGACAAAGAUGCGGAGGACACGUCGGACCUGUCCGAGUGUUCCUCGACGCAAUCCGACGAGGAAAUCGAGAAGGAGCUUCUAGAGGCCAUAAACAACGUCGUUCCACGGUCUCCAAAGGAAAGGUUACUCGAAAAUGGCCUGGCCGAGUGCCUGGAAAAUUCCAACGACCUUUGGACUGACUCUUUUACUUUCACGAAUACGCGUAUCGAAAGAAAUCGCGUAGAAACUCGAAAGGAAGACUUUCAAGGUAGUAGAAAAAUUGAGCAAGUAACAGCCAAACAAGUCGAACGAUCAAACACGUUCGAUACUCGGAAAGAAAUGGACAAGUUUGAGAAAACCGAUGGAGAACUAAUUCCAAAGCAGAUAAGCGUGAUCGACGAUGAUACGGAAAAGAUCGAAAUAGAAGGAGAAUCAAGAAAUAAGGAAAAUGUAAAUGUGGAAAAUUCAAGGAACGUCGAUCAUCCGGUAGAGCAAACUGUUUUCGUUGAAACUAAUUCCGAUGAGCCGACGGAACGCUCGAGGGUUUCCUUGCCGGAGGGAAACGAUAUAGCUUUGCCAAAAACGCCUACGUCCACGCCAAGGAAAACUUCCGUGGCGGAAAUCAACAUCGGAGGCGCAAACGACGCGAUAGAAUUAAACUUGACCGAAGAACGUGUUCUGAACUCGUUGGAACACGCUAAGCAGAAACUGUUGGGGGUAAACGAUGUCGCGGUUGAAACAUUCGCGAAAAUCAACUUGGAUCAACGAAGAGACGACUUUCACGCCGAGGAUAUUCAACAAGAAAGCGAGUACACCGAGCAUUACGAUAUCGCGAUCCAAAGACACUUGGACAGUUUAACGAAAACCGAGAACGGUGGGAUCGACGACGAAUCGGAAGUUCGGUGUGCAACGUCUGAGAACGGCUUAUCGGAAACCAAGGAAAGCAGGUGCCGAACAGCUGUGGCUGCAGCCCACGCUGAAUCGGCUUCUCAAUCUUCUCCGCGGAACAAGAAAUCGGAGGAAGACGUUCGGCUGGCAACUCCUCCGAGACCAGGCACAAUCGCUGAACGCGAGCAUAAAAAGUGGGAAAAUGCUCCGCCUAUCGAAAACAAUCCCUAUAGCGAGGAAAACAUUCAAAAGAGGUUAUGGGAGAGACAAUACACGAGGAGAUCAUCCGACAUUCCUGGAAUUCACGCCGAAUUGCCAAAGAGCAACGGAACGGAUUUGGAAGUCGUUCUGACGCCGCAUCAACCGGACAUUAAAAGAUUCGGCAGGGACUAUUACAUAAACGAGUCGAAAGCGUCGAGCAUCGAGAAAGGACGAAGAUCGGCCGCGUCAACGUCGAGCAGGCCCAGCAGCUCGUUGUCCCAACGAUCGAGCUCAACGGGUGCCGACCAGGAACAACAGGAGGACGUGUCGUACAAGGAGACUGAAUUUCUCUUGAAUCGUAGCAACGACGUGAAAUCCAAAGUGGCGAAAUGGCAGAACAACAACAACAACAACAACAACAACAACAUCAACAUGAACAAUCUAGAGACGAGAUAUCAGCCUCUGAUUAGACACGGGGAAGGCGACGCGGAGAAAAAUAACUGCUCCGAUAGCUGGGAGGACCAACGGAUCGAGGAGAUCCUAGAAACCGAGAGAAAAAACAGCAAAAACGAAAUGAACGCAAAGCUAAACAGUCAGGAGAACUAUGACAAUCCAAUUAUAGAAACAACAAAGUCCAAUUCCGAAGAGAAUCAAAGAAAGAUCAAGAGAAUCGACUUGAAAGCCUACGGAUUCGAUAACUCGUUUCGAUCCAACGAUAACAAGACAUCCAAGACUUCUACUCCGAGAGUUGUGAAUAAAUUGGAUUUGAAAUCGUUUGGCUACGACGAUGGCAUCAGACGUACGCAGUCUAAUGUUCAUUUGAAUAGCACCGUAAACGAAAAGGACUGCAAACCUAGAAUCGUCAGGGUAACGAACAAGUCGAACCUAACGCGUCGCAAAGGUUACGAUCGAGAUGCGAUCGAGACUCGAAUUUCAGUGGACGAUAACGUAACGCAAAGUACGGAAACUCUGAACAAUUUGUUUGAGAGUAAAAGUUACAACGAUUUUGGAUUAAAGUCUGCGAAAUCGGUGCCAAAUUUGCCGAGGUAUUACUCGAAUGCCAAUAGCGAUCAGGAGGGCGAACAAGUCGAGGAAUAUAGUCGACACUCGUACGACUCGCAAUCAGAGGUGAUCAAGAAUGAUUCCGCGAGGAACAUCGCUAACGGUUACAGUAUCGAAAAAUGUAACGCGAAAACCAUCGACUCUUCCGUGAACGAGUCGGAGAACGACACGGACAAUUCUUGCGAUAAAGAACAAACUAAACGAUCGAUGGAUAGUAUCGAAAAAAAAAUGUUCAACGACGCUGGUUUUGAUAAAGUACUGCCGAUGCCAUCGGUGAGAAGACUUGCUCAGGCGUUCAACAAGCAGCCAGUGCCAGGAUCUGUAGCUGUUUCGAAGACGGUCAAGCCAAACAACGCGAACAAAGACAGGUCGUCAACGCCAGAGGUACAGAUAGUGGAAACACCAAGGCAGAUGCACAGUUUGACCGCGAGAUCGCUUUCGAAACAGUUUCGAGAAGGUCUCAGGCAAAUUCCGACAAAGAUCACUUCACCCCCAGCUAGCCACGUUACGAUGGAACAAUUCAACAUACCGGAAAACCAAACGGAAGUGAUUCUAGGCAAAAAUGACGCUGACGACACGUGCACCGAUAAGGGCGUAAUUUUUCCCGGCAAAUUGAAAUCAAAUAUAAUAUUCUGGGAACAGAUGCACAGAAAAAGCUGAAUUGCUAGGAAUCGAGUUAUCCGAUGUGUACCGUUGUACAGUGUACAAUACCGAUCGAAACAGAACAUACUUACAAUAGAGAUGAAAUUAUUGAAAAACUCA